CAGAUUCGGCUGUGAAAAGAUAGAACGUCGUUCAAACAGACAAAGAGUCCAUCAUGUGGUGAUAAAGUACAACUAAUAUUCAGAACACUGGUUAAGCUUUGGACCGGAGACAACAAAGAUGGCACACAACAAGGGGUCAUCCCUGUCCAAUGCCCGUCRUCGUGAAAGUUUUGUUGGAAGUCAAAUCAGGGAUUCCAUUUCACUUCUGGAUGUUUUGUACGCAAAUGCAUUUGAAGAAGAGGACAUAGACUCCGCAGUAGCUAAGGAGACCGAGGUAGAUUUUUACAGAGGAGCCCCACCUCAAUGGCUUAACUUCUACUGGGCUGAAAGGGCAACGUCAGCUGAUAAAACAACCCCCUUUAUCAAAAGAGACGGAUACACUGAGCUGAUAGAAAAUAUUAUGAAACGGAGUAAGGGCGACCUGACUUCUACCAUGAAUCUGCUGCAUCAGCCAGGCAGYGGAGGAACCACUCUGGCCAAGCAGGUGCUCUGGGAUAUGCGUAAAAAGCUCAGAUGUGCUGUUCUAACAGGUGCUACCUCAGAUAUCACCGCUAUCGCCAAGCAGGUGAUUCACCUUUUCACUGCAGGCGAUCAAGGCCMGCAGAACACUGUGCUCUUACUGCUGGAAGAUGAGCGUAUUCUGGAGAAUCUGCAGGAUGCCAUCAUGAAAGAGACUGCAGAGAAAAACAUUAAGACCAACAGGCCUGUGGUCAUCAUUUUAAACUGUGUGCGUAAGGCAGUUAUCAAACAAGAGGACCAUAACAACUCAAGACAUAUUAUUCUCAGGACGGAACUUUCUGAAGCAGAGAAACAACAGUUUGAGGAGAAACAGAUUGAGAUCAGUCGAAGCUACAUUAAUGAACACAAACAGUUUCAUGGCUUUAACAUAAUGCAAUCCAAUUUCAGUGGAGAUUAUGUUAAAGAAACAUGUGCCUUUUUAGAUGUCAGGAAAAAUAGAAGAUCUAAAAAUUCCCAGCUUCUUGCAUUCUUAUCACUGGUGAAUGCCUACGUCCCUGGCUCCCACCUUCUGCAGUCUCAAUGUCAGGCAUUCCUUGGUCCUCCAGAUCCCAUUUAUGGAGGUCCUUCCUUUGAGCAGCGAAUGGAGCCUUUCACUCAUCUGAUAGUGACAUUCCCUGCUCGACAGGGACAAGACAAACAUGUCUGCAUGGCUCACUCACUGAUUGCACAGCAGUGUGUUAAGGUACUGGCUAUGGCAGGUGUGACCAGGAGUGAUACAGCAAGGAACUUUCUGACUGAAUUUUGUAGAGAAGAGGUACAACAAUUUUUAGUUCAAGACAUGUUAACGAAAAGGGAAAUUGGAGAAGAGCGAAAAGACACGUUUUCCAGGUUGAUUCAAGAUAUUGAAGGCGAAGAAACCAAAAGCAAUGUUGUAUCUGUUUUACAAUUAGCUUCAGAGAUAUUCAAGCAAAACCCAUUUCUUCCUCAAAAUCUUGCUCGUUUUCUUUACAUUGAGAGAAGGGCCUAUUUUAAAGCGGAGAAGUGGGCAAAAAUAGCAAAAGAAAGAGAUCCUAACAGUUCAUUUGUUGCUGAUACACUGGGGCAAGURUACAAGAACCAUUUGAAGAGCAAGGUCCGUGAUCCUUCCAUCUCUGCACAAGACAUCUUGGAACUGGCAGAAAAGGCCUUUGAGGCUUUCAAAGAUGAGGAAAGGGCUGCUGAAAAUGAGCAAGGAGCAGACWUGCAAGAUGAUGGUAUGACCAAAGUCACAAACAUCUUUAACAACAGAGGACUAUUUAGUUAUCUACAGGUUGCCAACAUUGUUUUUGAAUCACUUGUCUCGCUUGAUAAAAACUGGCAAAAGGUCCUUACCAUGGAAAUAUCCGCUGACUCCUUUGUAUCAAUCGGACAGAAAAAGCUCUUCAAGUACAAGCCACUCAUCAUCAGCCUCAGGGAUGAGGUGGAGAGGAAAUGUGAGUUUUUUGACAGUUACUUGACUUACUCCAAGCACAGCAUAGAGAAAGAUGAACCACAUUACUUUCAGACUGAUGUCAAGAACUGCUACUGCAAAUAUGUGGGGACAUGCACACCUAUACACUCAGAGUCUGCAAUAGAUGUACCCCUCCAGAAGCUCAAAGAGGAAAUGCUUCGCUGUCUUGACAAGGGCUAUGAUAAAAUGCACUUUUGGGAGGAAAUAAAAAAGGAUUGGGAAAAAAAGAAAGAUGGUGGUGGUGAGAAUAACGCUUCCCAAAACUUAAUCCUUGCCAACAUCAUCUUAAGCGAAGUGGAAACAGCAUCUCCAAUGCUUACCCCUUUGCCAAUCCUAAGAAGCAUUCUGGAGAGAAAUCUUUUGGCUAAUYUYGGUAACCAAACCCCAGAGUUUUACUUCUUAGUCCUUUUGCUGUUUUGGCCCGAGGAGCAUAAGAAAAUGGAUUUCAAUAUGGACCUCAACAAAUGUGUUCUGGAGAUGCAAGACUCCUACAAAAAUACAUACAAGAAGCAUCUUCGCUUAAGGUACCUUCGCCCCCUUAUUUUCCUGGGACGGGGUGAGGGUUUGAGCAGACUGGUUCAUAGAUCAAAAAUAGACAACCUAUUGGUAGAGGAGAGUGGUGAGGUGUGGAGAGAACCCAGUGUCCAGGACCUUCUUCUUCCAGUCAAUGGAGUGGUUAGACAGCGCAGGGUGUUUGCGCGCGUUGAUGGCAAGGAGAUUGAAGUUUCUGCCGAAGAACAAAGCAAAGUUUGGAAGUCCGGAGGCGUCUGCUUCUACCUUGGCUUCACCAUUAGAGGUCCUGUGGCCUACGGCAUCCACUACCCAUCCCAUUCRGAUAGGAUUAAAGAGGAGGAGCCUCGUAAAAUGUUGGAAGUACCGGACAUCAAAUUGAUUAAAGACGGGGCUGUGAGAAGUUGCCCAACAUGUGCCAAUGUGAUGGAAUCUACCAAYUGGGUUCAGGUUGAACCUGCAGUCUUCACUGAAGAAGGCCCAAUGUUCAGCAUGUCUCCCCCUGGGCGCUACGAGUGCAGAGUAUCAGGGCUCCGGUGGGUAUGUAAAGACCAUGUCAAUCUGAAGUAUCAAUUCAGCUCGUGGGAACCUCACAGGGCAAUGAUGAAAAGCUUGGGGUACAAGCAAGGUGGCCCCCUAUUGGAUGUCACAGUCAUUUCAGGAGAACUGGAAGAAGUGCAUCUGCCACAUUUUGCCUGUUUUGGCRAUGAUCCCUCCUUUAAAGAGAAAGUGAGAGUUCUACAUGUAGAAGACUGUGGUGUGUCCGUAAAACAAGUGGAUGAAGUCACCCGCUUCCACGUCAAGAUCCUCCAUCCAACCUUCUCUCCAAAAGGAGUUCUCGUGAGAUCUGGCUUUCCGGUGAAAGCCCACUGUGACUUGCUGCUCUACCAGGCCAAGGCAGCAUUCCUCACGCUACAUGCAUAUCUGGUGCCCUGUGAUUCUUCUGUAGAACAGGCAAUGAAGAAAAAGGAGCAGUCUUAUGGUGACACGGAGUAUCAGAAAGCCCGCAGCAGUCAAGUCCCUUCGGAUGAAGGAUUGGUUCAGCCUCACAACGUCUCCUUCUGCUGA